AUGAGCAACAUUAAGAACAAAACAGUGAGAUUGUUCAAGCAAAUUAUACCUAGUUUAACCUCAAAAACUAUAGCUUUAAAAUCCAAAACAAAUGCCAUCAAAGCUCGUUUGAUUCUAUUCUCCUUCAUGAAGAAUAAGAAGCUCCUUAUGAGUUCAAUUUCAGAGAAGUUUCACUCUCUUUGGGGGAACCAUCCUCAUCAUCAUUCCAACGAAGAUUGCUUAAUUGAAGGUGGAAAUUGUGAUUAUCAUAAUAGAGCUAUAGUUGUUUAUAACAAAAAUGCUCACACUUAUGAAGCGUUGCUAAAUCCAAGUGAAUUAGCACAACAAGUUUUGGAUGAGCAAGAUCAAGAAGAUGGAUAUGAUGGUUACUAUGAUGAUGAUGAUGAUAAGUAUCCUGAUUUGACUCACAAUCUUUUUGAUUCUGAGGGUUUGGAUUUUGGAGGAUCGGUGAUUGAUAGGGUGAAGAAUUGUAAGGAAGAAGCAGGGAAAGAGUUUAAACUUGAAGAUGAUAUUGAUGAAGUUGCUGAUCUUUUUAUCAGAAGGUUUAGAAGAAAUAUAAUCUUGCAGAAACAAGAUUCAUUGAAGAGAAAGAGAGAAAUUGCGCAAAAUGGUGCUUGA